GAUCUUACUUUUGCACAUCAUUCAUUCAUAUAUACCCUCUUCUCUUCACUUAGGGUAUAUAUCUAUAAAUCAUCAAAAGCUAUAGUUUUAUUAGAUUAACAAUAUUUGAAUUAAUUUAUGGAGGAAAAUCUACCUCCUGGAUUUAGGUUUCAUCCAACAGAUGAAGAACUCAUAACACACUAUCUUACAAUGAAAAUUUCUGAUUCUUCAUUCACAUCAAAAGCUGUUGCAGUUGUUGAUCUUAACAAGUCUGAACCUUGGGACCUCCCAGGCAAGGCUUCAAUGGGGGAGAAGGAAUGGUAUUUUUUCAGCGUGAGAGAUAGAAAAUAUCCAACUGGACUUCGAACAAAUCGAGCCACUGAAUCAGGGUAUUGGAAAACCACUGGAAAAGAUAAGGAAAUAUUUCGUGGUGGAGUUUUGGUAGGAAUGAAGAAAACCCUAGUGUUUUAUAAGGGUAGAGCUCCAAGGGGUGAGAAAAGUAAUUGGGUCAUGCAUGAAUAUAGAUUAGAAAACAAACACCACAUUCGAACUUCAAAGGAUGAAUGGGUGGUUUGUAGGGUUUUCCAAAAAAGCAUAGCAACAAAAAAACCACAACAAACAUCAUCAUCCCAACCAGAAUCUCCAUGUGACACAGCCUCAAUGGUAAAUGAAUUUGGUGAUGUUGAACUUCCAAAUCUAAAUGGUUUUACAAAUUCAUCAUCAUCGUGUGGAUUCACUAACAUUAUUUCAGGACAAACAUUUAACACUAAUCAUGAUCUCACUAAUAAUGUUAACACAAAUAUGAACUUAACAAUGAAUUGGCCAUCUUCAAGUGAAAUUCCAUCUCUAAAUUGGCCUUCUAACUUGCUUAAUCCAAAUAAUAUUUCUGUAAAUUCAUUGCUUCUAAAAGCAUUACAACUUAGGAAUUAUCAACAACAAAGAGAAGUUGCAGCUACAAAUCAUUUUGUACCAUACAUGCCUCAACAAGGAGUUAUAUCUCAUCACCUUGGAAAUGACUUAAGUAAUAAUUCAAAUGAUUUAAGUGCUUCUUCUUCAAAAGUUUUAGAAUGUAUGCCACAACAUCAACAAGAGCAACCAUUCAAUUUGGACUCAAUUUGGUGAAUUGGAGUUUAGAACAUCAAGAAGCUAACAUUGUGUAAACAUCCUUGUGAAUUAUUAUGAUACCACAAAUUAACCUCCAAUUCCUAUAGAUAAAAUGGUAAAACUUCAAGUUAUUGGGAUUUGUGGGGACUUUUUUAUAAUUGUUUUUUUUUUUCUUUUUCACUUUCUUAUAAUUGAGCAAAAUAAACUCAGUUAAUAAUGUUGUAAGCACUAGUGCUCAAUUGUUCUAGCUAGCUAGAUUUCAUGUUCUAGUAUUAACUUUGGAAAAAAAAUCAAAAGAAGAAAAAAUAACUUCUAUGUACUAUUAAUUAGACAAUGAAUAAGGGAUAGAUCAAUUGCAUAUAUAUG